AUGCUCCUGGACGUGAACGUCGCGCUUCAGGACCACCUUGCGCGAACUUCAUCCGACAACUCUGCGAUGCCUUCCGCCGAAUCCAUCAACUAUGCUGGUUCCUAUGCGUGGCGAAACCAUUUCGCCCAAGAACCUUCGCUUCCGCCAAUGCAACAGGCUACUCAAUAUCCACCGUCAGGUCCGCCCUCUCAGGCCCCGCCUUCGGGCUGGAUGGCUCAUCCUCCAUAUCCGCCAACUGCAACGAUUCUCCAUUCUGAGCUUCAAUCUCGCGAAGAGGUUUCUCAGGUUUCUGAUGACACUCCGGUCUAUGUCAAUGCCAAACAAUUCAAUCGGAAAUUGAAACGGCGCGAUGCAAGACAGCGACUCAACGAGUUUUCGGGUAGUAUGCCAAGAGGCCGCAAACCAUACAUGCACGAGAGUCGACAUAGGCAUGCAGCUAGACGACCCAGAGGGCCUGGCGGCAAGUUUUUGAGCAAGAAUCAAACGCCUAGAACAAGGAAUCAGCCAGAUCAAACCAAUAAAAAGGAGAAGGAAGCUGAGAGUAUAGACGGUAUACCUGAGAAGCAUGAGGGAAGGGAAUGGAAAGGGAUGAUUCACCGAGACAGUCAAGAUGAAGGAAGUUGCAAGCCUGGACCCAGCACAAUCAGAAGCGCCCGAAGCGAUCGUCAGGUGAAGACGGAAGAAAUGCGUGAGAUCAACCGAAGGUACCAACAUCAUUUCAUGGAAUUGAAGAGCUGGAAGAAUUGCAUAAACGGUACUCAACCUAGGACGGCAACAGGUCAUACUUUCCUCACCUAG